AUGGCUGAACAGAAGACGUGCACGAUAUGCUUCACCGACGGUCCGGUGACCGAGGGCGUGUGCUGUCCCCACGCGCACUACACCUGCGCCGACUGCUUCGACGCGCACGUCCGCAACGAGGCCGGCAAGGAUCUGGCGCUCCUCGCCAAGUGCGACGGACGCAUCUUGUGCCCCCGCAACACCGCCGCGAACACCGACGCCGAUCGAUGCGACGCCCCGCACUUCCCCGACAAGGACAUCGCCGCCGCGGUUUCCAACGACACGUUCGAGGCGUACCUCGACGCGAGGUCCAAGCUCAGGGAACGACAGGUGGCGGAAGAGAUGGAGGCGCAGAUGGAGGCGCGACUACAGCUGGAAAGGGAACGCGCCAAGCGAGGCGCGGGAAAAGAGGAGAAGCUCCGCGUCGCCAAGGAGCACGUCAUCGAACACAUCCUGACGCUGGCGUGCCCGCGAUGCAAGCAGGCGUUCGUGGACUUCGACGGGUGCUUCGCAUUAAAGUGCAGUCGAUGCGCGGCGGCGUUUUGCGCGUACUGCCUAGCCGAUUGCGGGCGAGACGCGCAUCAACACGUGGGUUCGUGCCCCGAGGGCCAGGCGUCCGUCAAGGCGGCUAAGAAACAGAAGGGCGUGGGCGGGCGGGCGAUCGGCAACAUGCCCGCGACGGUGUACGGCACGAAGGAAGCUUUCGACGUGGCGCAGAAACGGCGGCGGUGCAGGUACCUGGCGCUGUACCUGGAAAAGUUGGACGCCGAUGGGCAGCGGGAAUUAAUCAAAGCGCUGGCGAUGGAGCUGCGGGACCUCGACAUCGCGGAGAAGGACGUUCGGCACUGGCAGAAGAAGGAGGCGAAGGCAAUGCAGGACAGGGCGGUGGCGCAGAGCAACGCGGCGGCGCGGCAGGCGCCCCGGCCGGCGCAGGGCGGUGCGCACGGGGGCCGCCGGCGUGGUGCCGCAGCUCGCGGGAUAUUGGAUGGAGCGUUCCACGUGGUCAACUUUGGUCGGGAACAACUCGAGAACGGGAUCUUCGACGCAAUCUUCGGGCACCGGCCCGCGCCGCCGGGUGGGGUUCCUGGUGGCGGGAUUCAUGCCGCGAACGCCGCUGCCGCCGUGCCCGGGUUCGUUCCCCCCGCGCCGGCGCCGAGGGGCGGCGCGAGAAGAAGGCGGGACCAGGCGCAGCUGCGGGAGCACAUCCGGCACAUCCCCGCGAUGAACGACGACGAGUUCGAGGAUCUCCUCGCGGCGGGGUUCUUCGACCAGCCGCCUCCGCCCGGCGGGCCGCCCGGGCUGAGGGGCAGGGCGCCGCCCGGCGCGCCGAACGGCGGGCCCGCGCCGGGUGAGCUACCGGAAGGGGUCAUCGGGCCCAUCCGGCGCGCGAGGAUGGAGCGGAAAAAACGCGAAGCCGAGGAGCGAGCCAACGCGCCGCCCGUGGUGGUGGACCUGAGCGGGCGGCGGGCGAGCGGCGGCGGGGCGAGCGGCGGUGCGGUGACGGUGACGGUGGACCUCGUCACCGGGGAGGAGACGCGGUCGGGCGCGGGUUCUCCGGCGACGAAGCGGAACCGGAGCCGGCGAUCUAGCGGGGCGGCGCCAGCUGGCGGAAGCGACGCGGUCGUCGUCGACCUGACGUGA